AUGCUUUCUUCAAGAAACUUACGUACAAUCUCAAAGAGAUUACCAAGCAAUGCUACUACACUUGUCAGCUCGCAAUCCAAAAACACUAUAAAGUUGGGCUCUCAAUUAAGAAAUUUGUCAUAUAAAUCUGCAUUAACUACAUCAUCUGCAUCAUCAUCAUUAUUAAGAAAUACUGUCAGAUCAAAUGUUAAAUUCCAACCUACUUUAGCAUUUGUUCGUUUGAACUCUCAAGUUGUUAAAGUCCCAGAUAUGGCUGAAUCAUUAACUGAAGGUACUUUAAGAGAAUUUAACAAACAAAUUGGUGAUUUCGUUGAACAAGAUGAAACUAUCGCCACUAUUGAAACUGAUAAAAUUGAUGUUGAAGUCAAUGCUCCAUUCUCAGGUACUAUCAAAGAAUUUUUAGCUCAACCUGAAGAUACCGUUGAAGUUGGUCAAGAUUUAUUGAAGAUUGAACCAGGUGAAGCUCCAGCUGGUGGUGCUGGUGCAGCUGCUCCAAAAGAUGAAGCUCCAAAAGAGGAAGCAAAGAAAGAUGAUGAAGCUCCAAAGGAACAACCAAAGAAGGAAGAAGCUCCAAAGAAAGAAGAACCAAAGAAAGAAUCUAAACCAGCUCCAAAGAAGGAAGAAUCUAAACCAACACAACAAUCUCAAGAAACUACUUCAUUCACUAAAUUCCCAAGAACUGAAUCUCGUGUUAAAAUGAACCGUAUGCGUACAAGAAUUGCAGAAAGAUUAAAAGAAUCUCAAAACACUGCUGCUUCAUUAACAACUUUCAAUGAAGUUGAUAUGUCCUCAGUUAUGGAUUUAAGAAAAUUAUACAAGGAUGAAAUCAUAAAGAAAAACGAUAUCAAAUUCGGUUUUAUGGGUUUAUUCUCAAAAGCUGCCACUUUAGCUAUGAAAGAUUUACCAUCAGUCAAUGGUGCUAUUGAAGGUGAUCAAUUAGUUUAUAGAGAUUAUGUUGAUAUUUCAAUUGCAGUUGCCACUCCAAAAGGUUUAGUUACCCCAGUUGUUCGUAAUGCUGAAUCAUUAUCAGUCUUGGAAAUUGAACAAGAAAUUGUCAACUUGGGUAAAAAAGCUCGUGAUGGUAAAUUAACUUUAGAAGAUAUGGCUGGUGGUACUUUCACAAUUUCAAAUGGUGGUGUUUUCGGUUCAUUAUAUGGUACUCCAAUCAUUAACUUGCCACAAACUGCUGUUUUAGGUUUACAUGGUGUUAAAGAAAGACCAGUUGUUGUUAACGGUCAAAUUGUUUCAAGACCAAUGAUGUACUUGGCUUUAACUUAUGAUCAUAGAAUGUUGGAUGGUAGAGAAGCUGUCACCUUCUUGAAGACUGUUAAAGAAUUGAUUGAAGAUCCAAGAAAAAUGUUGUUGUUUUGA